AUGGCUACAGCUAAGCAAAUUCGACGUGCAUAUAUUCAAGGUGGUUACAAGAAUUCUUAUAAGCCAACGGAAGUUUAUCGCAGGCCAAAAAACGGCGAAUAUUUAACCAACUAUCGUGAAUUUUAUCCUUCCUAUCCUAAAGCAAAACCCAGUACACCUGUUCGGCCAUUUACAAGAGAAAGAACACCUGCAAUCAAGAAGGGUCCUAUGGUAUUUGAGACAGCUCAACGUUCCGAUUUUAUACCCUUGCCGAUAUCGAAACGUAAUAAAGCCUCAGUUACAGUUUUUAAAAAUAGUGAAAAGCCUCUUUUAAGCGGUGAUAUGGAUAUUAAAACUACAUAUAAUGAAACAUUCAAGCAUAAUAAAUUGAAAUAUAAACCUGUUACGAUAACAAAGCCUGAAGCUAGAGCUGUCACAAGCUAUGAUAACAGAAGGAAAUUUGUCCCUCUUACAACUCAUGCAGAGGAAUUUAAACCCCGUAAAAUCGAUCGUCAAUCAUGUUAUUCCGAUCCACCAUGUUAUACUGGUUCUAUUUUAUAUCCCGAUCGCCACUUGUCUCAUUUUUCAACAACCACAUCUGACGCAUUCAAGCAGCUACCAGGUGAAAGAGCACGGCGUGUUCAAGCUUCGAAGGAUAACCUAGCUAUCGAGGGUGAUUUUUAUCACAAUACGAGCUAUAAAAAUAACUUUACCCCUCAUCAAUUAGAAUUAGCUCAUAUAAAACCAGUGGAGAAGAAAGUAAUGAUAACUAAAACAAAGCAACCUCGGCAUAAAUUUGAUGCCAUUACGCAGUCCAAAGAUGAUUUCAAAGCUUACCGGGAUUCUCGUCCACCAAAACCAAUUACUCCACCACCAUCAACAUUACAAUUGUUUGAAGGUGAAAAAAGUGAGUUUAUUACAGCUAAUGCCGAUUCCUAUCGUGGAUGGGAUACUUCAAAGCAUACAAGAAUACCACCAGCUAAAAUUGCAGAACCAGAUUAUAAACCACCUAUUGAUAAAUUUGAAAAUUUAACUACCAGCAAAAGUCAUUACCAGCCCAUAAAGGAACAUGAAAAUUAUAAACCGGUGAUGUUUAAACCAGUUCCUAAAGCAGAAUCAGUUAAUCGUAAAUUUGAUUAUCAAACAACACAAAACGUGGAAUUUAAGCCAUACUUGAUUGAUCCAAAAGAACGCCCGAAAAAUUAUAAAAUAAUAGAUAUUUAUAAUCCAACUCUAGAAAAAUUUGAUAGUACAACAACGACCAGGGAUACUUAUAAGUCAUUUGCUAAAGCUAGUAAAGCAUCAGCCUGGAAACCUCCAACACAAGAUCACCGCAGUCAUCAACCAUUUAUUGAUCAUACUGAAUAUCGACAGUCAUUUCAUGAAAAGCAAAGCGAACCAUGGCCACCAACUAAAUUUGUUCAACAGUAUCUCCAGUAUCAUCGAGGUCAAGAUAAAAGUGCAGAAAACACAAAUUAG